AUGGCAAACACCGCUAGUACCUGGCUUAUCGUAGGAGCUUCUCGCGGCCUCGGCCUCGAGCUCGUUCGACAACUGAUUGCAACGUCAAAUACUGUAAUCGCCGCAUGUCGGAACCCUUCCUCCGCGUCCCAGUUGCAAGCCCUCGAGCCCACCGGCGCAGAGCUGCACAUCAUACAACUGGACGUCAGCAGCGAAGAGAGCAUCCGCGCGAGCGUCGGGAAGGUUGAGGCGGUGCUGAAUGGUCGCGGCCUCGACUACCUCUAUAACAACGCUGGUAUCCUUGCGCAAGACGACGCGUUCAAUUUCUCGUAUAGUGAGUUCCUUGCGAUACUACAGACGAACGUCGUUGGGCCCGCGCUGCUUGCGUCGCUGUGUCUCCCGUUCCUGGAGAAGGGCAACAAGAAGACGAUCGUCAACGUUAGCUCGUCUAUGGGCGGCCUUACCCAUGACUACGGCGCUAGUGCGGCGAGGUACAGUGCGAGCAAGGCUGCGAUGAACAUGCUUACGCACAAGCAGGCCAAAACUCGCCCUGACCUCAUCGUAAUAUCAUUAUGCCCGGGCUGGGUGCAGACGGACUUGGGCGGCGUGUCAGCUCCGCUGGAGCCCCCGGAGAGUGUCGCCGGCCAGUUGAAGGUGGUGUUGGGACUCAAGAAGGAGGACACGGGGAAGUUUAUUCGCUAUGACGGCCAGGAGCUCACUUGGUAA